AGGUGAAAUUACAAUGAAGAAUGAUUGUGUCUUCUUAUGCCUUCAAAGGACUAAGGCAGUGGGCUCUUUCCUGGAAUAUCUUAUGAAGUGAAAGAUUACAUGGGACGUGCUUAUAAGAUCCACCAAAGGUCAGCUGCUUGGCUUGCCCAGGGUUUCUUGCUUUGAGUGAAUUCAAAAGGUGCAUUCAGAUGAACAUUGAAGACUCCAGCUUUUGAAAUCUUGUAAUCCGUUAUUUUGAUACUGUGAAAUUUUUUUUGGAUGUCUCAGUCUCUAGCCUAUCCUGUUGAAAGGCUUUUCUCAAUCUUUGGGAUAAAUCCGACAGUCGGAAGUUUCUUCCCAAGUUUCUCCUGCUGAAACUCCACGCAUGAUGCUACUCUGUAACGGGACAGUGCCCCCACAGCCAUCGACCCCUCAGUUUUCCCUGGGUGUAUUGGUACUCCUGGCUCUGCUCAUGGUGCUGCUGGCUCUGGUCACGAUCCUCGGAAACGUCCUGGUGAUCCUGGCUUUCAUCUUGGACAAAAAUCUCAGGCACCGGAAUAACUAUUUCUUUCUCAACCUUGCCAUUUCUGACUUUGCAGUGGGUGCAUUUUGCAUCCCUCUCUACAUCCCCUAUGCCCUGACAGGGAUCUGGCACUUUGGAAGAGGCAUGUGCAAGCUCUGGCUCCUUAUCGACUAUCUCAUGUGUACAGCUUCAGUAUUUAACAUUGUUAUAAUUAGCUAUGACCGUUUCCUCUCAGUUACUAAAGCUGUAUCUUACAGAACCCAGCAGGGAAUAAUGUCCAACCCUGUUGUCAAGAUGGUGGCCAUCUGGGUCUUUGCCUUCCUGCUCUACCCUCCAGCAGUUCUCCUUUGGGAGUACAUGGCUGGCUGUACCGUGGUAAGGGAGGGGCAGUGCUAUGCCGAGUUCUUCCACAACUGGUACUUCCUCCUGUGUGCAUCCACCCUGGAGUUCUUUGUGCCACUGAUCUCGGUCACCUACUUCAACUUGAGCAUCUUCUACAACAUCCAGAGACGGCAGCGGCGCGGCAGCACUCAAUACUGUGAGCCUCCAGGGAGCAGCAGCGUGACCUGGAGGUUUUGUUUUUUGCUGAGGCGAGGACCCUCUUUGUCAGAAACGGAGGACAGUGCUUCUUCCUCCAUGAGAAUAAAGAAAGAGUCUUUGGUAACUGAAAGCUCAUCUCCAUCCAGAGCCAACUCUGUGACCCCAGAAAAUGAUUUCUCUGUUUCUGCAAGAACCAGGUCAAAACUGUAUCAUGACAAGAAGAUUGCGAAGUCACUUGCCAUAAUUGUGUGUGUCUUUGCCAUUUGCUGGGCCCCAUAUACUUUAGUAAUGAUUAUUCGUGGAGCCUGCCAAAGUGAAUGUGUCCAUUCAGUUCUCUAUCAAAUUACCUUUUGGCUUUUGUGGAUCAAUUCCUCUCUGAACCCAUUCCUCUACCCUCUCUGUCAUGAUAAAUUUCGAAUGGCUUUUAUGAAAAUAUUAUGUCCCAAGAAGUUUGCACUAUUGAGAUCAGCCUCUUGUUAGAAGGUUAGAAAAAACAAAAACUAAACAGGCUGACGUUCAGCUAUAUCUGUAGAGAACGACUGUUGUAAAUAGCAAAGGUUUGUCAUUAACUUCUUCUGGAAGACUAACCCAAAGGUAAGGCUUUGGUGAAAUAUGUUCUUCAGAGGAAUGCACAUGCCCAAAGUUUGUGUACAUUUUUCAGCAAUUCAGAUUGGCUAGGAAAAGAAUAUUACUUCUGCCUGUCUUUCCUUAGUAGACUGUUGACAUUAUCUUCAUUCUGAUUGUGGAAGAUAUUAUCUCCAAUUGCAACAUUGAUAAUAUUUGUGUUCACAGAUGGUGUUAAGAAUAAAUAAAUAAAUAGUUAUAUGAGAAAUGUUUGUUAUUUUCCAUAAGGAUCAGUAGUAUUCAAAAGUUAAUAUAUUCUCCAUUUCAUUUCUUUUGAAUAGUUUUUACUACAUUCAGAAUCAGUUUACCAACUUAGCAUCAAACAUCCAGUUACUUUAUGAAUUUGUUGUCAAGCAUGUAGCAGGAUUGCUUUCUCUCAUUAAUGAUGUUCAGACAUCAGGGGAAUAUAUAGACUACUUUUAUUAUGAACAUGUUCUCUGGAAAAAGGCAUUGGACUACAUACCUGUUCAGGUGAAGCAGUAGAGAAUUUAGAGGUGUAAAGCAUUUAUGCACAUCUCUUGAUUUUCUUCAAUAAAUAAGACUUUUUUUACA